AUGGCUUCCAGAUCAGAGGAGGAUCUCUGCUGUCCUGUCUGUCAUGAGAUCUAUAGAGAUCCUGUUCUUCUGUCAUGUAGCCACAGCUUCUGUAAAGACUGUCUGAAGAGCUGGUGGAGAGAGAAACAAACACAGGAGUGUCCAGUUUGUAGGAGAAGAUCUUCAAAGGCUGAACCACUUUCUAUGCGGGCGUUACAGAACCUGUGUGAGUCCUUCUUACAGGAGAGAGAUCAGAGAGCUUCAGAGGCUCGCUGCAGUCUGCAUUCUGAGAAACUCAAACUCUUCUGUCUGGACCAUCAGCAGCUAGUGUGUCUUAUCUGCAGAGACUCACAAAAUCACUCCAACCACAGUUUCAGACCCAUCGAGGAAGCUGCACAACACCUCAAGAAGGAACUUCAGGAAACUCUGCAGCCUUUAAAGGAGAAGUUAGAGGUUUUUAAAGAAGGUAAAGUGAAGUUUGAUCAAACAGCAGAACACAUUCAGGUCCAGGUCCGACGCACAGAGACGCAGAUUAAGGAGCAGUUUAAGAAGCUUCACCAGUUUCUAGAAGAGGAAGAGGAGGCCAGGAUUGCUGCACUGAGGGAGGAAGAGGAGCAGAAGAGUCAGAUGCUGAAGGAGAAGAUGGAGGCUCUGAGCAGAGAGAUAGCAGCUCUUUCAGACACAGUCAGAGCCACAGAGGACGAGCUGAGAGCUGAACACGUCUCAUUCCUCCACAACUACAAGGCUGCAGUGGAAAGAGUCCAGCAGCGCCUCCUGCUGGAGGAUCCACAGCUGCUCUCAGGAGCUCUAAUAGACGAGGCCAAACACCUGGGCAAUCUGACCUACAGCAUUUGGAACAAGAUGGGGAAGAUGGUCUCAUACAGUCCUGUGAUUCUGGACCCAAACACUGUUUAUCCGAAACUCUUCCUGUCUGAAGAUCUGACCAGAGUGAGACCAGGAGAGGAACAGCAGCUUCCUGAUAAUCCAGAGAGGUUUGACAAACACUGCUCUGUCCUGGGCUCUGAGGGCUUUAACUCAGGGACUCACAGCUGGGACGUCCAGGUUGGAGACAAUGCAGAGUGGUCCCUGGGUGUGUUAGCAGAGUCUGUCCGGAGGAAGGGACGCAUACAGUCUGGAUUCUGGGGAAUGGUGCUCUAUGAAGGUAAAUACUCUGCAGAGUCUUCAGUUUCAGAGACUGUUCUUCGAGUGCAGAAGAAGCUCCAGAGGAUCAGAGUGAAUCUGGACUGGAACAGAGGAAAGCUGUCGUUCUCUGAUGCUGAUACGAAUAGGAACAUACACACCUUCACACACACUUUCACUGAGAGGAUGUUUCCAUUCAUUGGUACUGUGGGUGAAGUGAAGAUAUUACCACUGGACAUCUGUGUCAUGAGUAGAAAUAAAUGUUAG